AUGGUUCAGUCUUUGUGGUGCUCAGUGAUCCUGCUCGGCUUCCUCCCUGUUUCGCCUGUUAGUGCUGACACCCUGCUGUCAGCUCCGCUUAAUGUGACCAUCAAGGAGAUUGAGGUUAACUCGGCUGUAGUCACAUGGGAGACUCUGGAGGGCGACCCCGUCAUUGGAUUUGCCAUUACUCAACAGAAGAAAGAUGUGCGCAUGCUAAGGUUCAUUCAGGAGGUGAACACCACAACGCGCUCUUGUGCAUUGUGGGGUCUGGAUGAAGACACGGAGUACAUCGUUCACGUGCAGAGCAUAAGCAUGGGUGGAAGCAGUCCCCCCAGUGAGCCUGUUGUAUUCCGAACCCCCAAAGAAUCAGAGAAGCUGGCGUCCAAGAGUCCAGACGAGAUCACACUGGAGGAAAUGGACCAGGCUGCUCAGCUACGGGCUGCGGAAGUCAUCAUUAUUGCAGUGGUUCUUGUCAUGUGGGCAGGCGUGAUUGCGUUGUUCUGUCGUCAGUAUGACAUCAUCAAAGACAAUGAGCCCAAUAACAACAAAGACAAGGCCAAGAACUCAUCGGAGUGCAGCACUCCCGAGCAUCCACAGGGAGGGCUCCUGCGCAGUAAUGUUUAA